GGGACGACACACAGCCCUAAAAUGAGCGAAUUAGUUCCCUGAAGUUCCCGUGUGCAUGUGGCUCCCUGCCGGCUAUACGGACAUGCUGCCGGACUAUGUCGGUACCGCUAUUUCUGUGGGGCCGGAGUGUGAGCCUCAUCCUCCUGCUGUUUGUACCGGGGAGCCCGCAAGUCUCGGUGAUCGUCGAUAGAGAGGUAAAUGCCAAGUUGGGGUCGGACACCAAGUUGUCCUGCAAAGUGAAAACCCCCGACAUUAUCUCCCAAGUCACUUGGCAGAGGAAGUUGUCGCCCAACAAUGAGAAUUUCCUGACCUACAGCAAAGGGGAGGAACCCAUGCACCUGACUCCGUUUGGGCAGAGAGUGAAAUUUCUGGGCAACGGGGAUCUGGGAGGCUCCAUACUGAUUCCCAAUGUAACCCUGGCCGACCAGGGCACCUACCUCUGUAUCUUCACCACAUUUCCAGGAGGCACAAAGGAAGGGGAGAUUCAUUUAUCCAUCUGGGUGGAGCCGUCGGUGGAAGUGCAGCUAAAUCCAGUGCUGUCGGGGCCAAAUCCGGUUAUUAUUGCUGAAUGUGUAGCCUUUGCCUCCAAACCCGCAGCCAAUAUCAGCUGGGAUACAUACGGCCUCCCCCACUCAUCCACUGAAACCCCAGUACAGCAUUCUAAUGGGACGGUGUCGGUACGGAGCCAGCUAUGGAUGGUGCCUUCUCCUGGGCUUAAUGGGCAUCAGGCAACUUGUCUGGUUUCUCUGCCUGAGCAAAUGUAUGAGAAACUGAUACAUAUGAACAUUACAAAUAUUCAGUAUGCACCCCAGGCUGUACAUAUCAAAGUAAUACAGAGAGACCCUCUGUAUAUUGAAUGUGGGGCAGAUGGCAACCCUCCGGUCACUUAUACAUGGAGCAGGGGGAAUAGAUCCAUUACUGAUGAUGAGGCCCAGGUUACAGAUAACACUCUGUAUUUUCCCAGAAGGAAUAGAGAUAAUAAUGGCCUGUACGUCUGUGAGGCCACAAACAGCAUUGGGAGAAACUCGACGUCGGUCUAUUUAUAUAAAUACUCAGAUGCUGUUCCCCGAGGGAGCUACGGCGCAUAUAUUGCAGCCAUUGUUAUCCAAAGCUUUAUUAUUCUUGGAAUGGUUGUGUACUUUAUACGGAGGGAAGGAAUGUUUAAUUGUAGGUGUAUAGAAGGGCAGAACCCUCCUGAGGAACGGGAUGAAUCAAGGCAUUUAGAUGCUGUUCUGUCAGCCGUGUAGUGCAUGUCUUACUGGGGCAGAGUCCUCUGGGUCUCUUCAGGUAACUGCCUGCCCAGCAAACUCAGAAGACAACAGAAACAUUAUGGGGCCAACAGGCUCCUGAUCAAGGAUUCUUCCACACCCCUCUCCCACCCCAAAGAGUGUGAGGAUGGAGAGAACAGCAGGGUCAGGGGCAGCAGCAGUCGGGGCAGUGAUGGGCAAACAGGGCCAGUCAUGGAGGAACCGGAGCUAACGAGCUGGUUGUUUCAGGGAGAAUGGGCAGCCGGAGAGCAGUUAUUAAACACUCACAAUUGUCAGGAGAACAUAAUACUUCAAAAGCCAGGUCAGCAAGAGGAGAGCUUAUGAGAGAGGCCAGUGUACGUGUGUGUAUGUAUAUAUAUAUAUAAUAUUACUAUAUCAAAUGUAUUUAUACAAGCUUUAGGUACAGUUAAGUUAUUUCCGGCCGAUUAAAGGUUCAGAUUUCCCUGGUGGGCCCUGCACCCCCCAGUCCGACUCUGAAUAUUGGGCACUAGGUUUGCCCAGAAGUAGUAACCCAUAGCAACUAUAUAUGUGUGUGUGUAUGUAUAUAUGUAUAUAUGUAUAUAUGUAUAAAAUGUGUAAAUAAAUGCUUUUUUUUGCAAA